AUGUGCUUGCGAUGGCAUCACUUUGGCAUUGCAUGGCUGCUGGCAUGGGCAGGUGAAUCUGCCUCCGUGCUGGACAUGAUGACCCAAACAGAACCCGGGUCUGCUUGGAGGAAGCCGUCCACUGGGCACUGCCCACCAGGUGCCUCCGUCUCUGUGCCUUUUGGUAGCCACAGAGGUUGUUUCUGCAACUUCGGGUUCUCCGGCCUGCUGCACUGGGAUCCUUCCGGAGGCAGGUACCGUGGUGCUUGCACGCAGACUCCGUGUCCGAGUGGCACUGAGCCAGGACAGUAUGCAGGUGAGUGCUUUUGUCGUCCGCCUAGCAUCGGUCACAUCGUUUGGAGGCGAGCCGAGAGCAAAGGCUCCGAAGGCGGAAAGAACUCUACUGGUACACUCGGUGUCGCAUCCUUCCAUGGAGAAUGUGUCCUUUUGCCUUGUCCAGAUGGCUCUUCUCGGGCGUCGGAUUGGCUAGAUCAUGGCGUGCGUCUGCCGAGAUGCAGCUGCCGUUCCGGUCAGGUUGGAGGGUUUAUCUGGCAGCCGAAUGCUAGUCGUUUUUCUGGUCGAUGCGUGGACGAAAAUCCUUGUGCUCCGGGAUACGCAGGAGGUCGCAUGAUCGCUUUUCAUGCACCACACGGAAAGCCUUCCGGUUCCGCCCAAGUGCGAAUGCUUGGCAAGUGCGAGCGCGUCGUGUGCCCACCCCAUGCCGACAUCGAUGAGUCCGGUUUGUGCCACUGUCAGCCACCCUACAAUGGAAGCCAGAUCACCUGGAAUGCAGAGCUGCUGAUGUACUCCGGGGAGUGCUCACCCUACUUUCAUUGUCCUCCUCGCACUGUCUAUCGCAAGGUGGAUCUGAGUGUCGUGAACAGACGGCUUGCAUGCGUCUGCCGCGAUGGCUACGCCGGCGGUCAUAUGUCUUGGGAUGCGUGGGGACAUCGCGUUUGGCAUGGCGAUUGCCAACUGGUUGCUUGUCCAUUGGGUGCGCAAAGACACGGGGAUGGUCUGUGUCACUGUCGCAAUGGUUCAUUGACAUGGGACGCAAUACGAGGAAACUACGAAGGCCUCUGUGCGCAGGGGCACAGGCAGAAGCAUGAGCCGUGGAGGCCCCAGCGACCGACCCGGUUGAUACGGCACCGGGGAGCCGGCAAGGACGGCCAAGCCCAGACUGAGACGGCAAAGACGAAUCGCGAGCGCCAGCAACCGUCAGCAAUUCCAAGGCAGAACGCCAAUCAUCAUUCAAGCAAUGACACACGCGAGUCAGCAGCGGCACACCCAGCUGCAAAGCAUGGGACGUCAGAUGUGACGUCCGACUCUGAGAAGGAUACUCCUGUGAAGCCGAGCUCACGCGCCUUGAAGUUCGCUCAUAAGGUCCCCACAGAGGGAGCAGCAGUCUUCUUUCACGCCUUCUGGUGCUGCAAAGCAGCUGCGGGCGUAGACCAUCCGGAUGCCGCCUAUACGGCUUCGAGCCAGUCAUGGAUCAACCUGACUGAAGGGGUGGGUUCGCUGCAAGAGUUUGCCGCAUGUGUGCUCGCCUUGAUGAAGUUCACGGAGUCGGUGCGUGGAGUGGUCGCGAGGCAUUGCCAGAGUCCUGUGCGUUUUUUUGCAAAUGGCUCCUCCGUGGGCAUCAUGGCAUGGCUCGGCGGUCGCAGCAGUUUCUAUGUGGACUGCGACGCCUUUAACACUUCGGCUACUGCGCCGAGCGCGAGCUUGAUAACUCUCCUGACAAGGCUGGAGUGUCUGCUGAUCCAACAGCUUCGGUUGCCUAUUCAAAGUUGCUUGACCGUGAACCCAACCAAGAUUCUUACAGCCAGGGUGAACAUAGUUUUCGAGUAUUUUGUCACCUAUGUGCUGGCAGACGUCGCAAAGUUUCAGUUUGCCGAGGUCUGUCUCUCUCUGAAGGGCAUUGGGCCGAUGGGGACUGGCAUGAAGUCCGAAAUGAGGCCCUGCUUUCACGGCCUCGAGGAAGCUAGCGAUGGAGCUUGGCAGCCGACAAAGGUGCCCAAAGAUGAGCUUUGGCUUCCUGAUGGCACUGUGGUGCCCAUGCGUCUGUACCCAAACUCCCAGAACUUGGUACACCAGGCCCAGAUGGGGGCACAGGUGCCUGCUCUCUUCGCCACUCUUUGUGGCGACCGAAGAGCUUCUUCAAGGAGGCUUUCCGGUGAGCUGGGAGCCUUCCUGUAG